AGAUCGAUACUUGCGCUUCACUAAGGUGUGGCGCGCUCUCCCCGCGGGCCCCGGCACAGCCACGCCCAGCGCGCGCAUUCUCAAACAAAAUCCGCACAAAAUGUUGUGCGAAGAAUCGAGUAGACUGUAGAGACGGCGUCGUUGUUCGUUUCGUUCAGUCACGCACGCACGUCACAUCAGUUAAGCAGCUCAGUUGAGUAGUGAUCUCGAUAGUCGUCGAACCGUACGCACGGCGCACACGUGCCACUCGCGCCCAUCCCUUCUCCGCAUCGCACUCCGAGCGAUUUCGCCGCUCGCUCGGUGACGCCACUGUCCGUUGCCGGUUUGCCACAACGCUUGUGCUCGGUUUCGUUCCGUAAUCCUUACGGAGCUUUGCUACAUCAUACUAUAUUAUGUAAUACGAAAAUAAACAGAGAUCAAAGCUAACACGUGUGCGCGCCGGCCGGCUUCCUAUACCUAAUAAAUUUUACCAUUUAAAUAUUCACGCUCCGAAAGUUUAACAGUGUUAGCUUAAAACAAAAUCAACAUUCCAAUCUUAAUAAUCAGUAUUUUAAUCAUCUAAUAUUAUUAUCGUGUCGUAAGAUAAUUGCAACAAACAAGUGAAAUGUCUAAUUCUGUGGAACAACAAUUUAGCGAGCUUAAUUUGUCACAAGAGGACCAUGAUCAAUAUGAACAAGAAGACCAUGGAGACCAAAGCCGGUCAUCAAAGGUACUGAUCAGCGGGCUACCCCUGCAUAUUCGCUUCGACAACAUCGAGCCCCUGCUCUCACAGUAUGGCAACGUACAACAUUGCGACAAAGCGAACUCGCGCGAUGCCAACACCCAAGCGGUGUUCAUCACGUUCGAGACGCCGGAGCAGGCGCAGCAAGCGAUCAAUGGAUUGAAUGGAUGCGAGCUGGAAGGUAGUCGGUUGAAAGUUGAGGCGGCUGAGCAGAACACUCGCGGUGGUAGGCGCGGACGCCCUGGCGGCGGCCGUGGCGGCGGCGGCGCCACUGGUGGCGGCUCGCGCCCCACUGACUUCCCUCUGCGACUGCUGGUGCAGAGCGAUAUGGUCGGCGCCAUCAUAGGUCGCCAGGGAAGCACCAUCCGUCUCAUUACACAGCAGAGCCGCGCCCGAGUUGAUGUCCACCGUAAGGACAAUGUUGGCUCUCUUGAGAAAGCUAUUACAAUUUAUGGCAAUCCUGAGAACUGCACUAAUGCAUGCAAAAGAAUAUUGGAGGUGAUGCAACAGGAAGCCAACAACACCAACAAGGGCGAGAUCUGCCUCAAAAUUUUGGCUCACAAUAAUUUAAUUGGUCGUAUCAUUGGUAAAGGCGGCAACACGAUCAAACGGAUCAUGCAAGAAACUGACACCAAGAUCACCGUAUCUUCUAUUAAUGAUAUUAACAGCUUCAAUUUGGAACGCAUCAUUACCGUGAAAGGUACCAUUGAGAAUAUGGCUAAAGCGGAGUCACAAAUUUCAGCCAAAUUGCGCCAAAGCUAUGAAAGUGAUCUGCAGCUGGCGCCGCAAAGCAUCAUGUUUCCGGGACUGCAUCCGAUGGCAAUGAUGUCUACUGGUCGUGGAUUCUGUGGCGCUCCUCCGCCGUUCCCGCCGCCUAUAUAUGCUCCUCUGCCGGGCCAGGGCGGCGCGCAACAAGGCGCUGGCGACUCACAGGAAACUACGUACUUGUAUAUCCCUAAUAACGCAGUCGGCGCAAUUAUUGGCACCAAGGGAUUGCACAUUCGCAACAUCAUUCGAUUCAGCAAUGCAUCCGUUAAGAUUGCACCGUUGGAACAAGACAAGCAAGGAGAAAAUCAAAGCAAUCCUCAACAGGAGCGCAAAGUGACCAUAGUCGGAAGCCCUGAGGCUCAGUGGAAGGCCCAAUAUCUCAUCUUUGAAAAGAUGAGAGAAGAAGGUUUUAUGUCGGGCUCUGAUGAUGUGCGGCUGACGGUUGAGAUUGUGGUAGCAUCGUCCCAAGUGGGCCGCAUCAUCGGCAAGGGAGGCCAAAACGUGCGGGAACUGCAGCGUGUGACCGGAUCGCUUAUUAAACUUCCUGAACAGCCGCAACAGCAGCAGCCCGGCGGGCAGCAGCAGGACCACGACACAACAGUGCACAUCGUCGGGCCCUUCUAUAGCGUGCAGUCGGCGCAGCGACGCAUUCGCGCGAUGGUUGCACAGGCGAGCGCGCCGGGCCGCCGCCGCGCCGCUCAGCCGCCGCCGGUGCCGCAGUAAACGCCUCCACUCCGCCGAGACCCCCCGCGCGCCCUCAGCAUCACCUCUCACCCUCGCCACCCCGUCAGCUCGGGCAGCCUUAUCAAGCGGCCGACCACCUCACGCCGAUUCUUCUUACUAGACCAGCUUAAGCAUUUUCAAGUUUAUCUAUCCGCGUGCGGACACUUCAGGCUGUCGAGUUGGCCCAACAUAUAUUGUGUCCAAAUGUUGUUGUUGACGUAAUUCUAUUAUUGUAGUGAAUUAUAAUUAAAUCUAUUGAUAUUGAUCCAUAUUUUAUCCCGGGAAUUAUCUAUGUUGAUCAUUAAUAUUUGAAUAUAUAUUAUAUAUAUAAUAUUAUUCAUAUACACUAUUUUUUUAAUGAUGAUCGUAAUAAUUGUUAUAUUGUUUCAUACCAUGUUAUUCUACUACAAUUUAAAUAGUUGUCAUAGAUUGCAAUAGUUAUCGAUUAUGUUCUCUAUACAUAAUAUAUACAAAUGUUAAUAGCCAUAUCUAUAGUCAUACCAUUCUAUAUACACACAAGAAGUGCAUAUUAUGUUUUUGUUAUGAAGUAAUAGUUUAAUCUGUUAAAAUCACUGCACUAUACUGUUAAAUAUAAUAAUUAUUUGAAGGGUGUGUGGGAAAUAGCCAUCUGGGAAAGAAAAUAAGACGACGUUGCUUUAACGAGGAGGCUCAUUGGACAAAACGGCUUUGCAAAGUAUAUUGUAAGAAAAUUUCUUUAAACGAUACACGGAGUUUCUGCAUGCAUGCUGCUGAGAAUGUGUCGUACAAUGGUUUCUAUUGAACUGAUGUGUGUGUUGGAGUGAAGUAACUAAUCCAAAGAGUGAACGCCGAUCGUGUCGAAUCGGCCUGACGAAGUGACGAGCCUUGACUAGACUAGGCGCGAUGAGGCCGGAAGCGCUUCGCGCCACGUGUCCCGCGCCCGCUCUCCUAUCCACGAUAAGGAGACGAGGAUCUACCUAAUUAUUAUCGACUUAAAUAUUUUUGAUAUAAUAGUAAUUGUUGGAGAGUAAGGAGUAAACUUAUGAGUUUUAAUUUGUAAGUAACAUUUGUUGAUCGUUUUCUUUGUAAUUUUGUCUUUGUUAGCUUUAUAAUGUUUUCUUGUAUUGAAAAUGUAAUACAAACUUCGACAUUUGAACGACACCGUAGCGUUUAAUGGUGCGAGUAUAAACGUCGCGUCGGUCGUAUUGUUCGGUUCUAACGUGAUAUGUUUUAUUAUUCAGUUGUACGAUUUGCGUUAUCAUUGUGCCAAGUGAGAUAAUUUAAAGUAUGAGAGAUUAAGAUUAAGUGAAUAAUAUCAAAAUUAAUGAAAAGCUUAGAUAUUUAUAUGUAUGUAUAAUUGUGAUAAUAUAUGGAAGUUUUGGCAAAAAUGUUACUAAGAAUGUUUCACAUUCUUAUUUCCAUUUUCUCAAUUUUUAGGUUAGAUUAUAAUAAAAUUAUAAAUUGUAAGUCGUGAAGACGACCGUGGUGACGGCGCAUGGUUGUUGCGUGCGCCGCACCGGCUCCGGUCUUCACCAGCUGAUGUCCCGAUACUUCAACACUUAUCCGUUAACAUCCUGAUAACACGUCUGUUUCAUGUCCCAAAUGCAUUAAAAUAAUUUUCAAUUCAUUAAACUUGAAUGACGUAAUAUUUUCUGCUCCAAGGUUUUAGUGCUGAAUGUAUAGGGUACACAUGCAUGCUUACCGGAGAUUAAAAUGAAGAAAAUUGCCUAAUAACUCUGAUGACAAAUCAAAGUUAUAAAGAUUUAGGUACCCAGUUGCGUCAUUUUGCGUAUUUUUAAACAUCGCGUUUUAGCUUAGCUUUGCAUUGUUAAACUUGUUAUUAGGUAAAAAUUUUGGGUAACAUAAUACAUAUGUUACAUGAAUGAAUUUGAUAAAGAUUCAGGUACCAUCAACAAGGUCUUCCGAUAGAUGAGUGCCAAACAAGAAGGAAAUCUAUUGCAACCUUUAUUUUGCUUAUUGAAUAUUCGAACGGUGUCGAAGUUAAUUUAGCUCAAUGCGAUAGUCCAUAGCAAAGUAACUGUAUAUUGAGUUCCACGUUAUAUGAUCCAGACUUGAACAAGGUUUAUGGCGAUGCAUUUUCCAAGACUGUUUGUAGUCUCUAUCGGAAGAAUCUUUUAUAUCAACUAUAUUUUCUUCAUUUCCAUAACUGAUAAGUGUCAAUUCAUGACAUUUUUUUUGUAAAACUUACUUCGGUAUUUAUGCAUAUUGGUGCGACCAAUGAUAUAAUGUAUAGAAAAUAAGGCAUAUAUGUUACCAGAGCACGGAUUUUGAAGACCUAAAGGUUCUUUCUAUUCGGGACAUCUUGUCUUUAGUCUGCAUCGAUCGUUCAAAUUAUAGCCAUCUCUUUACUUACGUGCUUCUUCCUAUCUUUUGUGCUUUAUUAGUGCAACUUGUCAAUAUUUGAACAUUAAAUACAUAAAUAUAUACCAGCGCAGGCAGAUUUUAGACGUUGGUAUAUGUUUAAGGGUAACUUAUCUUUUAUACAAUAUCAUUGGGUGCGACAUUGCUAGUUAUAUUUAUUAAUUUAUUCGAGAGUAUUUUCUUUUAUGCAUUAUGUUUUGAACAACACAAAAUUCUUUUGUGUUUAAUUCCAAUAGUAUAUAAUCUUAAUUAUAAUAUAAAGUAUUGUUAUGCAAUUUUGUAUUGCUUCCACAUAUUAUUGAAAAUAAUCUCACAUUUGGCAAAUAACUCCUUAUAGUCAGUCGGAAAACAACGUGCUGUAGGUGCUUUAUAUUCAUCGACAUACUAUGAAACCACUUAUAAGUACGAACCGUGGAUAGAUACAAUUAUAUCGCCGUUAUAAUUUUAUGAUUUAUUCUUUAAAUAACAUUUUCCUUAUAUCUCAAUUAAUUCUAUAAGAAAUAUAUGCUACAAUGUUAAUGAUAUACCUAUUUCUCCUUAACUCAGUUACUGUUGAUUAUUGAAACUGGUAAUAUAGUUGUUUUUAAUUGUAUUUUAUAUAUUUAUAUUUACUAUAAUGAGAAACUAAUCGUAAAUUUAUAACGGCUUAAUUUUAAUGUGACUAAUCCGUCUAUUAUCUUUAACGGUAUCUUUAUUUAGUACGAGAACAAUAUUCACUAUAGUUUUUAUGUACGUGAGUUCCUUUACACGCUACGGAUAAUAACUGUGCGCGCUUGUAUAUAGCACACAAACACACAUGAGUCUAUUGAUAUGUCAAUAUCUAAUGGUAUGAAAAAUUUAUUUAAUUUUUACUAACAUAUCAAAAUAACUGGCUAUGAUCAGAGCAGUGAGAGCAAACUAAACUGCACUGUGCGCCCUCAUAGAAUGGCUUCGUGCAGGUGCAACUAAUUGUGAUUGGAUUUUGUUAAUUGUCCAGAAUCAAAGUAAAUAAUAAUGUGUGUCUAGUAAAUUAUGUAAUAUGCGUGCCAAUGCUCGCUAACUUUGUUACUCUCCACAAUAGCUGUAUCACUUAUAAACUGAUAUGCCAAGAAGUAGUAUAUAAAGUACCAAUUACUAUUAUCGACGUUCUACAAUGUUGAGUUGUCUUACUAUAAGGCUCUGAAUUUAUAAUACUGAACUUCUAAUGUUAGGAGUGUUUAAAAUGGUUGACGCUAAAAUAGCGUAGUCGUCAGGAUACUGGAACGAAUCCUAUUGUAUAUCAGCAAAUAAUUUUACAUUCCAUACUUCACGAAAUAACACCUUUUGCUGAAAGACCGACCAUCUGCAAUUGAAUAUUUUUAGUAAAUUUACUAAAUUAUGAUAUCAUUUUGCGCAUUAAAUGUUAUUACUUAAAUACGGUACGAGUGAUAAAUAUAUGUGUAGAUGUAUGCAAGCUAUUGUUUCGCUAAAAAAAUGUAUGCAUUAUCGGUAUUUGGAUGUCUUGAAUUAAUGUUAGAAUUCAUAUUGGUGUAACAUUUCCACUCGUAAGUAGUUAAUACAAUAUUUCUGGACAAGAGAAAUUGGCUUGUUUCUUGUGUUCAAUAUCGGUCAAUAGCAGCAGGCUCCGUUUGACCGACUAUUGUCCGACACAGACAGCCAGAUUCCGCUUGCAUCGGCUAUCAAAAUGGAAUAUAAUAUACGGUUACUUUCACUGCGACAGAAAGAGUGUACAUAUAGGCAUGUUGUUUAUUCCUUCCAAAUGUAAGCAAGAGAGGGUACAUUAUGAUUUGUAAUGAUAGGAUGCAGAAAUAGUUUUAGUUGAUUAUUGUAUCGUUGUGAAGUAGUUUAAGUUGAUGUAGGCGCGAGCGGCGCGCGGCCACGAGACUGAACUACACCCCUGCCGUCGCGCCCUCGCGCCCAUUACUUACAUGUCAUUGUCGCUAAUAUUAUUAUCAUUCUUGUUUGAUGGUUCUACUGUUAUUUACAUUACAUUAUAAUUCUUUCUCGUGUGUGUAACCACUAUUUUGUGUAUUUACGUGUGAAAGGAUCUAUUUCAUUUAAAUGUGCAUGAUUGUCUUUUUGGAUAGUAUCUAAUAUGUGUAUGAAAAUAUCAGCAGGAUAUUAUGAAUACAUUUUUGUUUUUUCGAAAGCCUCGAGCACACAUUGCAUUUUUUUUUAUUCAAUUACUUGUUAGUUUAAUUUAGUGGGGAAAUGGAGCACUCAUUCUGUUGUUCGUAUGUUAGAUCCCCUCCAGUGUAUGCUAAAGAAGUUUACCGAGUCUAUAGUAAUAGUGUUUAUGUAUGUCGUAUGUAUUUAUGUACCUUGCUGGAGCAUGUAUAUCAGUGUGUAGCGUGAUCACGUGGCGGCCGGGCGAAUGUACCGACUACACAGCGGACACGGCGGGACGGUGCGACAGUAGCGACACCGUUUCGCAAUACUCGUUUCGUGGCGUCCGCCACGUGAAAUAUAUUUAAAAAAUAACGGGCGUACAUACGCGAUCUCAUGAGGCGGGACCCACAGUAUGCGUUAUUUUUGUUUAGAUAUUGGGGAGCUGUUGUUGUUGCUUCUCAAUAGAAAUGUAUCAAGGUCCAAUAUUCAUUGAUAUAUUGUUUAUUUUCACUAUACUUGCAGGACAUACAUAGAUCACCGCAAUUUCUUUAAAUUUGUACUGUUAUUUUUAGAACCAUUUAUAAUUGGUAUAAGUUCUGAAACUAAUAACUACCUCAAUAUUACUAAAUGAAUAUGAUAAUUAUCUUUGUGCAUGUUUUUGGGAACUGAAUUUAAAAUAAUACGAAAAUUCAAUAUAGUAUAAGAUUGCUAUUUUAAACAUAGAAACAGAAAGUUGUCAAAAUUAGGUUUCUUAACGUAAUAAAACUGGUGAAAUUUAA